UGUGAAGACUAAAGAGGUCCGAAGACAGAGAAAUUAGCACUUCUCAGUUCUCCUUUUGAUGUUCAAAAAGGAGGCCUUUGCAUCAGACCGAAUACUUAUUGAUUUAUUAAUGCUCUGCUUUUUGGUCUACUGAGGGCGCUACAUAUCAUACCAUUACCAUUAUCCAGCAUGGCGGACGACGUGGCUAAAGGAGUGUCCAAUCUGACGAUGGGAGACGGCAAAAAGGAGGCGAAAACUUCAGGAAAAGGAGAUAAGAAGAAGAAGGAGAAGAAGAGUAAAGCUGUUCCUGAUGCUGCCGCAGGGAGUUACCCAGUGGAGUUGGAUCCAUGGCCAGCGUACAUCCAGGAGAGAGUAGAUCUGUUUGACAAACUCAAAGCUGAGGCCGACAUUGAGCUGGCAGCUAAGGAGCGAACUCCAAUCAAAGUGACCCUACCCGAUGGGAAGGAAGUAGAUGGCAAGGCGUGGGAGACCACUCCUUAUAUUAUUGCUGCUGGCAUCAGUCAGGGAUUGGCAGACAACUCGGUCGUAUCCAAGGUGAAUGGCGUUCUUUGGGAUUUAGACCGCCCUCUAGAGGAGGACAGCAAAGUGGAGUUGUUGAAGUUCACUGAUGACGAAGGGAAACAGGUGUUCUGGCACUCUAGCGCCCACAUGCUGGGAGAGGCCAUGGAGCGUCAUUAUGGAGGAUGUCUGUGCUAUGGUCCACCUAUCGAAAGCGGAUUCUUUUACGAUAUGUCUUUGGAGGGAAGACAAGUAUCAAGUAAUGAUUUCAAGUCAGUUCAGGAGGUUGUGAAGAAGAUCCAGAAAGAGAAACAACCGUUCGUCAGACUCGAGAUGAAGAAAGAAGAUCUACUCAAGAUGUUUGACUACAAUCUUUUCAAGAAACGCAUCCUGAAUGAAAAAGUUACCACUGCAACUACCACAGUUUACAGAUGUGGUCCAUUGAUUGAUCUCUGUCGAGGUCCUCAUGUACGUCACACUGGGAAAGUCAAGGCCAUGGAUGUCGUCAAGAAUUCUUCCACAUACUGGGGCGGUGACGCUACCGCAGAGUCUCUCCAGCGCAUCUAUGGGAUCUCGUUCCCUGACACCAAGCAACUGAAAGAAUGGCAACACUUCCAGGCUGAGGCUGCCAAGAGAGACCAUCGCAAACUGGGAAGGGAUCAUGAGUUGUAUUUCUUCCAUGAGCUAAGUCCAGGCAGUUGUUUCUUUCAACCCAAAGGGGCUCAUAUCUACAAUACGCUAAUCGACUACAUCAAGACUGAGUACAGGAAGCGAGGGUUUCAGGAAGUGAUGACUCCAAACAUAUACAACAGUAAACUAUGGGAGACAUCGGGCCAUUGGCAACACUACUCUGAUAAUCUCUUCUCCUUCAAAGUUGAAAAGGAAACAUAUGCUUUGAAGCCAAUGAACUGCCCUGGCCACUGCCUUAUGUUUGACCACCGCCCUCGCUCCUGGCGUGAACUGCCGCUCCGUAUGGCUGACUUUGGCGUGUUGCAUCGCAACGAGUUGUCUGGCGCCCUCACUGGCCUGACCAGAGUCAGACGCUUUCAGCAGGACGAUGCCCAUAUAUUCUGCACCCCGGAUAUGAUUCAGCAGGAGAUCAGAGGUUGUCUGGAUUUCUUCAAGACUGUGUACGACACGUUCGGCUUCACCUACAAACUCGCUCUGUCCACUCGCCCUAAGGAUUUCCUUGGGGACAUUGAGGUCUGGAACAGUGCUGAGAAGCAAUUAGCAGACACUCUGGAUGAGUUCACAAGUGAUUGGAAGUUGAAUCCGGAGGAUGGUGCUUUCUACGGACCAAAGAUUGAUAUCAACAUUCGGGAUGCAAUGAAUAGAUCUCAUCAAACUGCAACGAUCCAGCUUGACUUUCAGCUUCCCAUCAGAUUCAAUCUCAAAUACUCCAGCCAAGAUGGGACAGAGAAGACGCCUGUGAUGAUCCAUCGUGCCGUCUUAGGAUCUGCUGAGCGUAUGAUGGCCAUCUUGACUGAGCACCACGGAGGCAAAUGGCCUUUCUGGUUGUCUCCAACCCAAGCCAUGGUGAUUCCAGUCGGACCCGUCUUCAAUGAGUACGCCACAGAAGUCAAGGACAAGGUCUUUGAGGCAGGAUUCUGCUGUGAGGUUGACGUCGAUGCUGGUGAUACAAUGAAUAAGAAGAUUCGCAAUGCUCAGCUUGCCCAGUUCAACUUCAUCUUUGUUGUUGGAGAGAAAGAGAAGGCCAAUAACACUGUCAAUGUACGCACCAGGGACAACAAAGUGCAUGGAGAACACAGCGUAGAUGCCGUCAUAGAACGCUUCCAGAAGUUCAAGGCCACCAAGGUUCUCGACAGUGAAGAUGCAUUUUAAAUAAACAUGAAACAGCAGUGCAUUAUUUUUCCUAGCUCAACUGGGCUCAAUUUCAAAAAGCCUGUAAGCACAAACUCUUGUUAAAAACAGAACAGUAUUGCUUAACAGAAUCAA